UACAUUUGUUUCAGAUUUUGUCUGUAUGUCUGUCUCAGGAGACCCUGAAAUGCAAAGUGUGAAUUCAGAAAGCCUGUUCUAAAACCAUGGCUUUGACACAGUUUCUUUGUAGGGGUCCCUAUUUACUGAAACCUUUAACAGCGGCCAGUUUGGGAAGAAUAUUGAAGCCUUCUAUGUGUUCUUGGAAUAAUUAUUUAAGUAAGGUCUCUGUUCAUGGUGGCAAAUUCUUUUCUACUAAAAUAGUCCUGGGAAUAGAAACAAGCUGUGAUGAUACAGGAGCUGCUGUGGUGGAUGAAACUGGUAGCAUUUUAGGCGAAGCAUUACAUUCUCAAACUGAUGUUCAUUUAGAAACAGGUGGCAUUAUUCCUUCAGUAGCACAAAAGCUUCACCAAGAAAAUAUUGCAAGGGUAGUGCAACAUGCGGUCUCAGCCAGUGGCGUCAGCAUGGAUGAUAUCUCAGCUAUUGCGACAACUGUGAUGCCAGGACUUGCAUUAAGCCUUGGAAUUGGAUUGAAAUAUAGUUUAGAACUGGUGAAGAAGCAUCAGAAACCUUUCAUCCCUAUCCAUCAUAUGGAAGCACACGCACUCACUGCCCGACUGACGGAUCUCGUAGCAUUUCCUUUUCUUGUCCUUUUGCUCUCUGGGGGUCAUUGUAUACUGGCAGUAGCACAAGGAGUUUCAGACUUUCUUCUCCUUGGACAAACAAAGGACAUUGCACCAGGGGACAUGCUUGAUAAGGUAGCUAGAAGACUUUCUUUACAUAAGCAUCCAGAAUGCUCUGGCCUGAGUGGCGGAAGAGCAAUAGAAAUCUUGGCUCAGCGGGGUAACAUUCUGCAGUACAAAUUCCCAAUCCCAAUGCAACGAUACCAUGAUUGCAACUUCUCUUUUGCUGGACUGAAGACUGAAAUCACUAGAACAAUUUCAAGAGAAGAAGAGGCAGAAGGCCUUCAGGAAGGGCAACUCCUCUCCUGCCUUUCGGACCUUGCUGCAGCAGUCCUGCACACGACAACUGCACACAUUGCUCAACGAACACAUCGGGCCAUUCUCUUCUGCAGAGAGAAAGGACUCAUACCGCCAGGAAGGGAAAUUUUGGUGGUUUCAGGGGGUGUUGCAAGUAACCAAUAUAUCCGUAGAACUCUGCAGCGUGUAGCAGAUGCUACUAAUUUCACAUUGGUAUGUCCACCUCCAAAGCUUUGCACUGACAACGGUGUUAUGAUUGCAUGGAAUGGCAUUGAAAAGCUUUCUGCAGGAUCAGGUAUCUUAUAUAACGUAGAAGACUUCAGGUAUGAACCAAAAGCUCCACUUGGAACCGAUAUCUCAGAACAAGUAAAAGAAGCUUUCAUCAAAGUGCCAGCACUAAAUCUAGCAAUAUGAUGUUUGGUUUUUUCAGUUGUUUGGAAAAAGUGAAUGUAUCAUUAUUAAACAGCUUUUAAUGGGGACUCUAUUUUGUUGCCCCCUGGUCAUCUGGGCCAGUUGUGUGACACUGCUGAGUGAUUUAAUUAUAAGCUUAGGAGAAAUUUAAGGUUUGAAAAUGAAAAACUUAAAACAGGAGAUACAUUUCUAGUCACGGUAAAUGAGGAAGGAGUUUCUAAAUAUUUUAUUGUUUGCAAAUUUGGAUAUAUGUACCAUCAAUUAAAUUACAAGGUUGGCAUUUUCCAGUGGUUUAAUGAAAAUAGUUUGCAGAAAUAGAAGGAAUGGAUAUUAUGCAUGUCUACACAUAUUAUACCUUCCUGAAAGGAAGAUAGUGCUGAAUUUAAAAUAAUACCUACAAACAAGAAGAAGGGGGGGGGAAUCUUGUGGAGUACCCAGCUUCCCAACCUAAGUAAUCUAGAUUUGCAAAUUCCAGCUGAAAUAAAUCUUGGAUAUUCCACUCUUCCACCCAAUAAAAGUGAACAC